UGUAGUUUCAGGGGUGGGAUUGUGAACUCUGCAGAACAUCUUCGCUCCUGAAGAAUUUUACUCUGUUAUACAUGACCUUACUUGACUUAUUGGUAUGUUUAGUAUUUACCUCCAGGUUAUAUUAUUUAAUUGUUUUCUCAAUUUUUGCGGUGAAAAAUUGCCUUGCGAUGGACUGGCGUCCCGUCCAGUGUCUCCCCCCCCCCCAAAAUGCUUCCAGGAUAGGCUCCGGAUAACCGCGACCCGCUCAGGAAUGGGAUGAACGGAUGGUGUAAGUUGUAGUGUCCGGUGUCACAGCAAGCAGCGCUUUGAGUCUCACAGUCAGGUGGUGUGAAAGGACGUGGGUUCGACCCCCGUCUGCCGGUUCCCCGUUCUUUCCCACAGCCCAAAGACACAUCAUGUGUUUGAAGUGAGUUACACCGCUGCACGUGUCUCUCAGUACCGGUUCGCUCCACACAGCGCCUCGCCGAGUAAACGAAGAUCUUUAGUUGAUCUGGAACUUUCCAGCACCGAGCUGCCGGCAGCUGUCGGGCCUCAAAGUGUAUAAAUAGUGUCAGACUCCACUGUGACAGAAGGGUCUGCUCGACUGCAGUGUGUCCAAACGAACCAAGUACUCACUCUGUGGACUGGGAUUGUACCUCCGUACUGGGAUCGCCUACCAUAAGUACUCCGUGGACUGUGAUUACCUUUCCAAGUACUCAUUCUCCGUCCUGGUAUCGCCUACCCAAGUACUCUCUCUGACUGGGGUUGUCUCUCCAAGUACUCAUCCACUGGGAUCGCCUUCCAAAUACCUACUGGCUGCACUGGGAUCGCUGCGAUGACCGAGUCCAAACGCGGCUCUGCAGGGAGCGGCAUGAGGGACAGCGCUCUUGUCUUCCGCUCUCCCAAGGACAUGUUCCAGAAGAUGGAGGAGAGCUUCAAGUUCUGCGCAGGCUGCAGGAAGCUGCCCGGCGACUUCUCGGAUGCGAACGCCCUCAAGCGCUGUGCCACGUGUCUCAAUGUGUAUUACUGCGGUAAGGAGUGCCAGAAAGAAGACUGGCCAAAGCACAAGAAGUUCUGUAAGCAGCUCCGCCUCGUAGCCAUUGACAGGCUGGUCGAGUGGCUGCUGUUCACAGGAGACCUUCCUUUCCCCACGGAGCAGUGGUCACGGCCUGCGGCCGACGUGAAGAGCUGGGAGGACUGGCUCUCCAUGCAGGGUGACCUGGAUCCCCGUCUCGAUACCAUCUUGUCUGGGUCCCACAUGAAGGAUUUGUGGACCGACGCUUGUCGGCCUCGACCAGAGGACGGCGACCUGCGGGAGUCGGUAUGGCGAGUGACGACCGAGUUCUUGUCCAGGCCCCUCACGCUGGGCCUGGGUCUGCGCUUGUUUGGUCUCGACCCGUAUUCCCGGCCCCUCACCAUUCACCUCGCUGGGGUCGCUGACUUUGAGACCAUGGGGGCACGUCUCACUGACCUGGAUGAACUGAGCCGCAUGUUCCCUGGCCACCAGGGCCUGGAGGUGGUUAUGGUGGGACCAGAGGUGGUAGGUGGACCCAUUAUGAGACCCCCUCUUACGGCCUUUGGACCCCGAGGGAAAGUCUACAUCAGCGCCUACAAGGGCCUUUACCAUCAAUUCUGGGAGGAUCUGGUGGAGAAGCAGGAAGCAGCCAAGCCUGAUCUAGUGGUGGGAUUCCAUCCAGGGUUUGAUGCCUGUCAGACCAUGGAGGACAGCUGGCUGCCCACUCUGCUCCUUCUUCGGGACUACAACAUCCCCUCACUCUUCACCAUGUUAGAUGAGCAGGAGCUGAACUACUCGCUCCAGAUCUUGACCGAGCUGGAGGUCCACAUCAGAGGAAGCGGAGCGAACCCCUUUGCCUCCCUGAAGCCGGAGCAGAUCCAGUCCUGUCCCAACAAGAGCCCGGUGCGCUGCAAUGCCCACUUCCUCUACUUCCAGGGGCUGCUGGAGCGAGAGGAGCAAGAGCUUUAAUCCUUGGUCUGAAGGAUCAAGUAUCCUCUCCAUUGUGUAGCGAAUAACCAGCAAAAAAAGAAAAAACACAUUUCUAACACAUAAUUAAAGAAAAGGUUCAUCCCACAUAUGAGACCGAACCCAUAUGACAUGUAUGUAAGUGUAACACAAUAAGAUGCUCUAUGAGAAAGAGUUGAUUAGGGCCGAUCUGCUUGGCUCAGUCGCUCCAGAAAUUGUUCAGGUCUCACUUUAUUA